AUGGCAAUACAGGACCGGACAAACGAAUUUCGCACAUGUGUCGACUCAAUUCGCAACAGGUCUGCCCCGCUGCCCCAUCCGGCUGAGGCAAAACAACGCCUGCUGCAAUCCCAUGCAAAGGGCACCCCAAAGAGCGAAUUCUCGCGUAUGGCAUCUGCAAUUGCCAAGGACAUCAGCACCACUACCGUCAAACUAGGGAAACUUGCUCAACUUGCGAAACGCAAAACGCUCUUCGAUGACAGACCUGUGGAGAUCAGCGAAUUGACCUUUAUCAUCAAACAAGACAUCGCUAGCAUCAACCGUCAAAUAGCCGCCCUCCAGUCCUUCGUGAAGCAGCGCAAUGCACAAGGAGGCUCGACAGAAGGGAAGCAAAUUGACGAGCACAACCACAACGUCGUCAUGAUGCUCCAAAGUAAACUAGCCAACACUAGCAUGACAUUCAAGGACGUACUAGAAGUUCGAACCCAAAACAUGAAGGAGACGAAAGACCGAACAGAGCAGUUCAUGCACUCUACGGCUGCCGCCGCCCAUCAAGCACCACAGAAUUCCGUGUUAUUAAACGGCCGUUUCGAUCCCAUGGGUGACGGUAGUGGCAGUCGCCCGAGUUCAAAGGGUAAAGGGAGGGCACCUCAAACUGGAGACGUGCUUGCCAUGGACCUAGAUUUGGCAGAGGGCGGUCUCGCUGCAAAUGGUGGAGGUGCUUUUAUGCAAAUGCAACUGGUGGAACAGCAGGACUCCUACAUUCAAUCACGCUCUACAGCAAUCGAAUCCAUUGAGUCCACGAUAGCAGAGUUAGGACAAAUAUUCAAUCAAUUAGCACACAUGGUCGCGGAGCAGCGGGAAACAGUGCAGCGCAUUGACGCAGACACUAUGGACAUUGCAUCAAACGUCAGUGGAGCACAGAGAGAACUAUUGAAGUACUACGCUAGUAUAUCCAGCAACCGUUGGUUAAUGCUCAAAGUAUUUGGCAUCUUAAUCGUUUUUUUCCUUGUAUUUAUUCUGGUAUCCUGA